CAAUCUUAUGGAAGAAAAGGAACAUGCAUCAAUGGCUUCUCAAAAUCCUAAUCACAAAAAUUCCCUUUACCCAGAGGUUAUAGAUUCAAAUCCCGAAGCAUCCUCACCCUUCAUCUCUAACCCUAAUCCAACCUCUUCCUCUUUAUACCCUAAAAUCGAAGUCGACGACCUCUUCGAAGAUCUCUUCCCGGAUAACACCAGUCCAUCCGCUCCUCCAAUCGCCGACCUCGUCGAAGAUGAAGAUCUCUUCCCGGAAAACACCAAUCCUUCCGCUCCUCCAAUCGCCGCCGAAGAUAUCCUCAUCAAGGUUCCCGGUGCCAUUCUCCACCUUAUUGAUCAACAAUACAGCUUCGAGCUCGCGAUCGGCGAUCUCACCAUUAUACGUCUCCGGCAGGGACACAAUACUCUUGCCAUUUACGCUCGUGUCGCCGACGAGAUCCAAUGGCCACUUGCCAAGGACGAGGCUGCUGUCAAGGUCGACGAAUCACAUUACUUCUUCUGUUUUUGCAUGCCGAAGGAAAAGUUCGAUUCCGAUUCGAGUGAUUCGAGCGACGAGGAAAAAGAAAAGGUUAAGGAUAAGGAAAAGAACCGGCGGAAUAAAGGUCACCAGAAAGGAGACGACGGUUUAGAAUUGCUUAGCUAUGGAUUGACGAUUGCGUCGAAAGGACAAGAGGAUUUGUUGAAGGAGCUUGAUGAGGUUUUGAAGGAAUGUAGCAAUUUCUCUGUUCAGGAGGUUUCAGAAAAGGCGAAGAAGAAAGGGGAGAUUUUAGAUGGUUCUUUGGCGAUGGAGAUGUCGCCAGAGGAUUUGGACACGGUGAAGGAGAAGAAGGAAUUGAUGGAGGAAAGGUGUGCUGCUUAUUGGACUACAUUGGCUCCCAAUGUGGAGGAUUACAGUGGAACCGCCGCGAAGCUUAUUGCGGCCGGUUCUGGACAAUUAGUCAAGGGAAUUUUGUGGUGUGGUGAUGUUACUGUUGAUAGGUUGAAAUGGGGAAAUGAGUUCAUGAAGAAGAGGUUGGGUCCUCCUUCACAGGCUGAGAUUAGUCCCCAAACCUUAAGGCGAAUCAAAAGGGCUAAGAAAGUGACUAAAAUGACAGAGAGUGUUGCCACCGGGGUCCUCACUGGAGUUGUGAAAGUCUCUGGGUUUUUCACCAGUUCAGUGGCAAAUUCCAAAGCAGGAAAGAAAUUUUUCAAGCUUCUACCUGGCGAAGUUGUGCUUGCAUCAUUGGAUGGAUUCAGCAAGCUGUGUGAUGCUGUUGAAGUAGCAGGAAAAAAUGUUAUGUCAACAUCAAACACCGUGACAACCGAGAUUGUCCAUCACAAAUAUGGAGAAGAAGCUGCCAAGGCAACUAGUGAAGGACUAGAUGCUGCUGGUCACGCGGUGGGGACUGCAUGGGCUGCUUUUAAGAUUCGACAGGCUUUAAAUCCUAAAAGUGUUCUAAAAUCUGCCUCCAUGGCCAAACAUGCAGCUAAAGCUGCUGCAGAUGAAUAUAAGGCUAAAAAAUCCAAGUAAUUUAGGAAGGAGUUCUUCAAUUAAUGUCUGACCAUCCUAACUUGCAAAGCCGCAGUUUUUCAUUAUCCACAGCUUCUCUUAGACAGGUAGAAACAUUGUAUUUGUAUAUAUCAUUAUUAUAUUAUAGGUGGAAACAUUGAUGCCAUGAUUUGAUAAUUUCUCUUCACAGUUUAUACAUAUGUAUCUAUGUCUAUGUAUGGCGGCUGUAUUCAUUGCUUAAACGGCAAAUAUAACACUCAGUCACUCACGGUAUAGAACUUCGAAUUUGACUUGUGAUGGAAUUUGCACUUCCCUCCACUCUCAUAAUUUGAUAGUGUCCAAAGAUUUUGCAUAUCUAGCUAUUGCUUGCUUGCAUACCACAGAUAUGUUUGUGCAUCAA